AUAGGGAAAUUGGAGUGUACUUGUCUCGAUGCAACCCCAUCCAAAGAGUGCUUCAAUAGGUGCGGCACUCAGAAUGCUAUCAUCAAUUCCCUUUUCACCAAACCCUAAUCGCACCAUGAAAGCCACCUCCGAAGUACCAGCCAAAGCCCCUGCCUUUCCUUUCUUUUCUAAUCCCAAAAUUAAUAUUUCGAAUUUUCCACAAAAUAAUCUUGCACCCUCUAAUAAGUGUUUCUCUGCAACAGCAGCCGCCACAAACCCUGUUCCUAUAUUGAAAGCUAAUGGUUCGAGGAGUGAGGAGGUAGAAGGUAGUGAUUUGAGCACUGACCCACAACUUGUGGUGGUUUCUUUUUAUAAAUUUGCUGAUUUCCCUGACCAUGCUGAUUUGAGGAAACCUUUGAAGGAGCUCUGCGAGCAACUGCGUGUUUCAGGUGGUAUUAUUCUUGCACAUGAAGGAAUCAAUGGCAGCAUAUGUGGUACGCGGGAUUCAGUGGAAAGUGUUCUUGCAUUCAUUCGAAGUGAUGAGCGUCUGAAGGGGCUUAGACUGAUUGAGUCACCAGUGAGCCCUGAGGAAGAGGCUCUUCAUCAUGGACAUACGAGCAGCUCUCCUCUUGCAGCGGGUGAGGAUGCUCCCUUUAGGUGGGAUCAUGUGAGGGUGAAGCUCAAAAAAGAGAUAGUUACACUUGGAAUGCCUUCUGUUUCACCCAUUGAAAAAGUUGGCAAGUACAUUAAACCGAAGGAUUGGAAUGCAUUGAUUAGUGAUCCAGAUGUUGUUGUGAUUGAUGUUCGCAAUGACUAUGAAAUCAGAGUUGGGAAGUUCAAGGGGGCAGUUGAUCCUUGUACCACAGCAUUCCGGGAUUUUCCAUCUUGGGUGGACGAUCGAUUUAAACUUGCUGAUUCAGAAGACAAGUUGGAGUCUUUUGGUUCUACUGGAGCAUCAGAUAAGCUGACAAAGGAAAAAGGUGACAAAAAGGUUCCCCGAGUUGCAAUGUACUGUACAGGUGGAAUUCGAUGUGAGAAAGCUUCAAGUUUUCUCCUCAGCAAAGGCUUUGAAGAGGUUUAUCAUCUAGAAGGUGGCAUUUUAAGGUACUUGGAGGAAGUUCCCAAGACGGAGAGCCUUUGGGAGGGGGAAUGCUUCGUGUUUGACAAGCGGGUUUCUGUUGAGCAUGGUCUGGUGCAGGGAACGUUCAAACUUUGCUAUGGAUGCAAGAAACCAGUGUGUGAUGCUGACAUGGAAUCCCCAGAAUGGGAGUCUGCCGUCUCCUGUCCAUACUGCUUUGCAUCAAAAUCUGAAGAAGAAAAGGAAAGGGCAAGAGCUCGACAAAAACAGUUUGAGAGAUGGGGUAUCAUCGGCGGUCCAGACAAGGGCCGCAGACCAGAAAAGGCAGUAAAUAUGAAUGAGCAUUCUGCUACUCAGAUGUCAAAAUCAUUAUAACCACCUAAAUUUCCAUAGAAUUAGACGCCUCCUGUACCAAUUUUCUUUUGGAGAGUAAAAUUUCUUACUACUUUUUAGGAACUAAAGUUACUUCCUUAUGAAUGGCAGUAUUUCUGAGAACUGUUCUGUUAUGCUUUCCAAUACAGACCAAGAAAUAAGCUACCUCAACAUUUUUAA